CGCGCCUCGGAAGCGAAACAUGGAGCGUUACGAGGAGGAUCUGGGACUCCGCGCCGGCAAACUGAUGGAAGACCUUUCCUUAUACGAGACGUACAAAGACGGGAUCUACACCGCCAGGAGAGACUUGGUGAUCAGCCCCGAUUUGGAUUUUUCUGCCCCGGCGGUCGCCGAGCGUAAAAGUAAGCCGAUGAAUGGCACGUCCGUGCCGCACCGGCAGCAUCACACUGUCGAGAACUACACGUCGGGAAACACGGUGUACAACGCGGCCGUCGUGCGCCCCGUGAACGGCAGCCGAACGGUGCCUGCCGAUUUCUGCGCCCCUCAGCGAGAGGUCGUGUACAACGAGGACGGCUGUUGCACCAAAUCCGAGGUGGCCUUGCCGUGUUACAGCGGCGCAUCCGAGAGGCACAGGAGGUACUCUCUGGAGGUGCAGGGGCACCGGUACAGCACCGGCAGCGCGUUCGACGGCGUGGGUCUCAACAAAUCGGUGCCUUUACCCGGCAACAGGUGCAACAGCGUGUGCAUCACCACCAGCACCAGCCACGACGGCAGGUACCACGCGACGAGUCCCCGGUCCAGCCUGGCAUCGUCCUUGUCCUCCCAGGAGCAAGGCAAGCACGUUAGCCCGAGGUCGAGCGUCAGCAGCCCGCGUGCCAGUUUGGUGGUGCCGGGACAGGACAAGUACUCGAGCCCCAGGUCCAGUUUGGUUCACUGUGAGGGGAGCAGUGUGCUCAGUCCCCGCUCCAGCUAUGCAAGCACAGCCAGCGACACCAGCAAGCACUCCAGUCCCAGGGCCAGCCUCAACAGCUACGAGUGCUGCAGCAAGCCCAGCAGCAACCGCACCAGUGGCAUCAGCAUGGGGUACGACCAGAGGCACACCAGUCCCAGGUCGAGCACAGCGAGUCAAUACUCUUUCACCACCAGCCCAAGGUCGAGCUACUCCGACUCGCGGUACGGGCCCGUCGGCAGCCAUGAUCUGGAGGGUGCACUUGUGCACGGAGUGCCAGUGGCAAGUCCCCGGUCGAGCAUCUGCAGCCAGGACGGGAACGGGAGAGCCGGCAUGGCGGUGAACUGCGUGGUCAGCCCCCGUUCGAGCAUCUCCAGUCACAGCUCCAGGAGCUCCCGCAGCUCCAGGGGGUCUAUGAGCACCUACCCGGACCUGCAGCUGCCCUCGCCCCGGUCCUCGAUGCUGGGGACCGGUCUGCACGAGGACACGCUGCUGCCAGAGUUCGGCGAGUCCAACGGCAUCCAAAACCGCGUCCAUCUCCAAGCGCUGCCGGCCAUGGCCGAGUCCCAGCAGCAGUCCUCCCAGGCGGGGAUGAGCGCGGAGGGGACCGCGGGUUCGCCGCCGCCGCCGCCGUCGUCGUCAACGUCGUUUGCCUACGGGUUGUCUUCAAAAGCCCCUGCCCCCGGGCAGAGGUUUAAAAUGCCCUACCAGGUGACCCCCUGCCGCGAAAGUGGCCCCAGCCAGGCGGAAAGGCGGCUAGAGGCGCUCACCUUGGAGCUAGAGAAGGAGUUAGAGAUGCACAUGAAAAAGGAGUACUUUGGUAUCUGUAUCAAAUGUGGGAAGGGUGUCUAUGGAGCCAGCCAGGCCUGCCAGGCUAUGGGGAACCUGUACCAUACCAACUGCUUCACCUGCUGUUCCUGUGGGAGGCGGCUGAGAGGGAAAGCGUUCUACAAUGUCAACGGCAAGGUCUACUGUGAAGAGGAUUUCCUGUACUCAGGCUUCCAGCAGACGGCAGAGAAAUGCUUUGUGUGCGGCCACCUUAUCAUGGAGAUGAUCCUCCAGGCACUGGGCAAGUCGUACCAUCCUGGCUGUUUCCGCUGUGUGGUGUGUAAAGAGGGUCUGGAUGGAGUGCCUUUCACUGUGGACGUUGAAAACAAUAUCUACUGUGUCAAAGACUACCACACGGUCUUCGCCCCUAAGUGUGCCUCCUGUAACCAGCCCAUCCUCCCCGCCCAGGGCUCUGAGGAGACUAUCCGGGUGGUAUCUAUGGACAAAGACUACCAUGUUGAAUGCUAUCACUGCGAGGAUUGCGGUCUCCAGCUCAACGAUGAAGAGGGUCACCGCUGUUACCCCCUAGAAGGCCACCUGCUGUGCCACGGCUGCCACAUCCAUCGGCUAAAGCCCCAGGUCCCCACCCACCCACCCCCCAGCUACCCUCUCCACGUCACCGAGCUGUGAGCCGGAGGGAGGGACA